AGUCUUUGAUAUGAAUGACAAGAGCUCUGCAUUGAAUUAUAAGUUUUACUCUUUGAGUUUGAUGUACGUUCUAUUAUUUUUAUUUUCGCAUGAAAAGAAAAUACUUUAAUAAUUUCGAAAAGAAUAUGAUACAUGAAAAAUUGUGUCCAACUUGAUUGUCCGUAAAAUUGCAUACAUUUGAUGUAACCAAAACGACCAUCAAUAUGAAAUACUCAACAUCACCAACUCCAAGCUUGAAUAACUAUCCAAGGAGCACAUCUCCACUCCCGGCACCAGCGAACUACCAAUCCGCCACAGUCAGUGCUGCUACAAAGAGAUACAAAUAUUUCCGAAGACUUUUUAAAUUCAACCAAAUGGAUUUCGAAUAUGCUGCAUGGCAAAUGGUAUAUUUGUUUGUCGCUCCACAAAAAGUGUUUAGGAAUUUUAAUUAUAGAAAACAUACAAAAUCACAAUUUGCAAGAGAUGACCCAGCGUUUUUAGUAUUACUCUGCAUUUGGCUAUUCUUGUCAUCAAUAUUUUUUGCAACAAUAUGUUUUGAGAAACAGCUGGGAAUUGGAUUGAGCUGGAGUCAGGUUGUACUGUUUGUCCUGUAUGUUGUGUUUGUGGACUUCCUUGGGGCUGGUAUUAUAGUUUCAACAUUAUUCUGGUAUGUAAGUAACAAAUACUUACGGCGGGAUCGCGACGGCCCGGACGUGGAGUGGGGGUAUGCAUUUGACGUUCACAUCAACGCAUUCUUCCCACCACUUUCAUUGCUGCAUUGUUUCCAGAUCGUCCUCUUCAACAAUCUGGUGAAUGAUGAGAGUUUUGUCGCUUGUUUGGUAUCCAACACGUUUUGGUUGGCCUCCAUUAUAUACUAUAUGUACAUUACUUUCCUUGGUUACAGCAAUUAUGGCAAAUUAGUUGACAAUGAUCUACCCAUGCUCCGGAAUAUCAGAGUGUUUUUGCUGCCACUGCCAGUACUAGUUAUUUUAUAUUUCGGCACUUUACUGGUGAAAUGGAACCUUAGUAAUAUACUCGUGUCAUUCUAUGUGUACAGAGUUUUAUAAUAGAUCAAUAUAAAUAAUAAGUAUAAUAUACAGGCAGGAAUUGAUACAAAAAAUAAAACUAGCAGUUUUAAUAAACGUUAAACCUUCAAGUCAUGAGUAAAUUUAUACCCAAUCACAAAUCAAGCAAACAUGCUACUUUCUAGAAUUAACUUUUAAUCUCGUAUUAAUUUCUUUUUUACCAGGUUUUAAAACUUAAUUCUUAAAAUUACAAGAUUUAAGAUCAAAAUCCAUGUAUGUACACUUGGCUGCACGUUAGGUUACCACUAUUACUAGAUACAGAUCACUACCCUCAAUUGUAUUAAGGUUUAAAAUCGAAUGGGGGUUUUGACAGUUUUGUAUAACCUGACCUGCUGUUGACUGUAUAACAUUAUAUUUCAUAUUUAUAUUGCCCAACUCACGGAUCUACAAACUAUACAAAUUAGAUUCUACCAAAUCAAUAGAUUUGCCAAUUCCUUAACAUUUCAAUAUAGGUAUAUCAAUAAUUUCCAUGUCCCAACCAGUUUAAUAAUUCUGCUAUAACAUAAGUGCCAGCCGAAGGAUUGUAUGAUUGUAUUAUUUCAAUAAUUUAUGAAAAUCAUAAUGUAAUUGAAUUAUAAAAUAUAACAAUGAUAACUUAUAACUGUAAUUUUAAUUGUAAAAUUUAGUUAUAAAUUGUAAAUACAAAGUUAGAUCACUUAUCUAUCUAUUUUUUAUAAUAAAGGUGUAUGU